AUACAGUCCACCGAUUGCAAGAAAAUAAAAUAUAAGAAAAACUGAAGAUUAUAGGCACUGAAAAAUAUUUCGGAAAAUAUUCUUUGAUUUUUAAAAAUUACGUAGCAAAUUUGAAAACCACAAAUAUGAAGGAUGAAAGUAUAAUACUGAACAUAUACCAAUAUUUACUUUCUGCAAAUGGCAUUCGGAUUUGAUUUUUAGUGCGGUCAUUCUGGGAUACUUUUUGCUCUUGCUGCUGAAGGCAGGUUUGAAAAAAAGGGCAGAAGAGGAUUUGUUUGUUUUUAUUUCGAACUUUUAUAAAAAUAUUAUGCCUCCAAAACCUCGUCGGAAAGCACCUGCAGCAGCAAAAGGUCACAAACUACCAGAACCUAUUCCUGAAGGCACUGAAGUUACAGACACAUUUAAAAAGUCAUGGAAAAUUGGUCCAAAAAUAGGAUCUGGGGGAUUUGGAACUGUUUACUUUGCUUCAGAGGCAGAUAAAAAGGAUUAUGAUUAUGUAGUAAAAGUAGAGUAUCAUGACAAUGGACCACUAUUUGCAGAAAUGCAUUGUUACCACAGUAUUGGAAAACCAGCUCAAUUGGCUGAAUGGGUGAAGAAAAAGAAGUUGACAUACUUAGGUCUUUCUCCUUGUUAUGGGUUUGGCUCAUUUGAAUAUAAUAAUUCCAAGUACCGUUUUAUGAUAAUUGAACGAUUUGACAAAGAUCUUCAGAAAUUGUUUGAAGAAAAUGGAAAACGAUUCCCUUUGAAAGUUGUCUAUCAGAUUGGUUUGUCGUUGCUCAAUGUAUUGGAAUAUAUUCAUACUGCUGGAUAUAUUCAUGGUGAUAUCAAGGCAGCUAAUCUUCUGCUUGGACGAAAGAAAGGAACAGAAAAUCAGGUGUACUUAGUAGACAUGGGACUUGCAUGCAAAUAUCUACGAGAUGGUGUACAUAAAAAGGAGAUGCCAGAUCCAAAGAAAGCUCAUAAUGGCACUCCAGAAUUCACUAGCAGAGAUGCCCAUAGAGGAUGUUUCUCUAGACGUAGUGAUCUUGAAAUACUGUGCUACAAUUUACUGCAAUGGCUAUCAGGAGAGUUACCAUGGGAAAAAUACAUAGGAGAUGAUAAAAAGCUCCAGCAAGAAAAAGAGAGGUAUAUGCAAGAUAUAGAUGGUUUCUUGGCAGAAUUGUUUGGAGAUGAAAACUGUCCAGUAGGUAUUAAGAAACUUCUUACCUACAUCUGCAAGUUGAGCUUUGAAGAAGAACCUGACUAUAAUUUCUGCAGAAAAGCUCUGAGGGAUGAACUAAAAAGAAUGGGUUGUGAGAAUGAUACAGCUUUAGAUUUCCAAACCGUUACAAAGAAGGCUGCUGCAAAUGCUAAGACUAAGAAGGAGCCUGUGCUAACUAAUAAAGAAAAUACAAAGGCAACCAAAACUUCUAAGGAUAAAAGAAAACCUGAAAGUGAAGUGCAGUUGCCUCCUGGCAUAAUUCCUACACCAGCUAUGCUGGAAAUUAUGAACAAAAAAACUGCAGAAGACGCCAAACCUACUAAAGCUCGACGAAAGAAAUAAAAUUAGAUUUAUUUUUUAAUAACUUAUGAACUCAUCCAGACAUUUGUGUAUAUGUGUCAUACACAUUCCAUGUGUGCUUCCCAGUUUUAUUUCUCUUUCUCUCUCUUUUUAAUCUUUUAGUUGAAGAUUUUCACUUCUUCUCGUUCUUCUGGGCAUCAUAAUUUUCAAUUUUAAAACUAAAUCAACGUUUGAAGAGUAAUUGAGAAAUGAGAACAUAUUUCGCAUUUGUGAAAAUAUAACUUUUGUAUAUUGUGAUAAUACUCCAACAUCUUGAAUAUGUAAAAUAAAAUUAUAAUUUUUAGUA